UUUUAUCUGUUUGUAAACAUUCAAGUCGAUUAUGUCUUACAUAUGGUGAUAGUCGAUUAUUUGGAGUCGGCUUCUGCUGCACAAAACCACCGGUUUGUGAAUUUUCAUACAUGUUUUUAUAGCAGCGUUUUUGCAAAUAUAAUAGAGACCACCUUACAUACAAUACAUAAACUACAGUUAGACUUCACAGACGAGCAAUUGCUGCGGAAAGUGUGUGUUGAAGAGCUAGGUGGCCCAACUAUUGUGGUUUUUAGAAACGAAAGCACGUAUACGCGUAUUUCUACCAUUGUCUCAUGUGGUGCUACGGACAAUUUCAUAGGAGACAUGGAGCGUGUUGUGUAUGAUGGUGCAAAUACCUGUUUAACAUGUGACGGUUAUUAUGUGCCUAGUACUGCUACCUCUGAAAUGAAUUUGACUUCCGAACUGGCUGUCCACGUCGAUACCUUACCCCGUCUAGAAAAAUAUGCUGUACGUAGAUGUAUGCGCAACACCUGCACGAGCAAGUCCUCGCGCUUUAAGUCUACAAUUACAGAUAAGUUUUUGAUUUCUGCCUGAAGUAAGUGCAGCGUUCCAACACCUAUACGAGCAAGAGCACCCACAUUCCUCAUAUUUCCACUCUGAUUCAUUACUGAGACACGUGGUAUUGAUAUACGUAAAUUUACAAACCAUCACAAUUACUAAAAGUGGAUUAUAUUACCAAUAUCUAAAAUUUUUCGAUGUAUUAGUUUUAGUUUAUGUUAAAACAUUUUCCUAUUAAUAUUAGGGACGCAAAGUAUAUUAAGGUAGACAAAUUUUAAACUAUAAACUAGUAAAUUUGUAAUUUUUAUUGCAAACUA